GCUUCCCGGGUACAACUGCAAGCCUUCGGCCUCGAGGAACUUCAAAGUCUCCUCGACAAAAAUAAACUCAGCAUUGCAUGGGUUUUCACCGUCGCGCCGAGAUCUCGGGCGUAUAUACCUCAAGGGCACUGCCAGUCUUGUGUCACGCUUUCGCUUUUUUCUGUUUGCGAUUUCAAUGCAGAAAAAUUAGCUGCUAUGCAGCCUGUUCCAUUCGUUUAAUCGUAUAACUGAACUUGUUCUUCUCCCUACAUUCUUUCAUAUCGUAUUUAUUCCAUUCAUUGUUAGUCAUGAUGUUUUCGAGGAAGAACCCCGAGGAUGAGGCUGAGGGGGAGAGGAAAGUCAAGCUCUCACGUGAGUAACUCGUCGAUGUUCUCUAGGUGCCAUCUGCUAAGCAAGGCUGCAGGCAGAGGCAACCCCUCCGCGCGACCUCUAUGGACUCGUGUUUAUACGAUGAUUGGAGGUCUCGCCGUAACACUCUUUUUCAUCGGUCUCAUGAUAUUCCUGGAGAAGACCUUGCCAGAUGGUUCCAAGUCUCAAUUCCAUCCAACUUGGCGACGAGAUGUUUCUCUAGAGCCAAGAAACCCCCAAACCGAUAUUACAGAAACAUUGGUGGUAGAGACUUCGAGUUCCACGGGAUUAGCAUUCACAUCCUCUUCAAUCACAUCAAGUCUCAACGCCCCCGUAAUCACGCUUCCACCAAGCUCAUCGAUAGCUGCCGCAUCUUCUUCGAGUGUAGACCCUUGUAUAUCCAGCACGGUAUCGUGCAUUGACACGGACUGCUUUACUUUGUUCUCUACACAAGCGAGCUGUCUUCCACCAUCCAGCUCUCCACCCGUUAUUCCCACAUCUAGUAGCGAUCCUUGUGUCACUACCAAAGUCUAUUGCGUUGAGACGGAUUGUUACCAAGUAAUCUCGACCCAAGCGAGUUGUCUCCCAACAACGUCGAGCCUUCCAAGCGUUCCAAGCAUUACUCCAACAUCGAUUGUCAACCCAUGCGUCACCAGCUCAGUUUCUUGUAUUGAGACUGAUUGUUUUACCUUGUUCUCAACACAGGCAAGCUGCCUCCCUGCAAUAUCGGGUCCUCCAAGCAAGCUGUUUACUUUCGUCCAGCUCUUCGUCAGUCGCACCGAUCACCACAUCUACACCGAGUGUCGACCCUUGUGUUACUAGCACGGUUUCUUGCAUCGAGACAGAUUGCGUCACUCUGUUCUCAACGCAAGCAAGCUGCCUUCCGUCAUCGAGCGUUAUUUCGGCCUCUCCAACUUCGA